CUUUGGCCUUUUUUUUGCUCUUUUCUCAUUCUGAUCAUGCCACAGUUUUACAAAGAAAAAAAAAAAAACCAGAAUCAUACCAUUGCAUCGGACAUGCGAUCCUCUUAUCGGUCCGGGUGCGCCACAAGGGGGUCAAUAGUCAGAGCCUUUCUUGUCCGUGGUUUCUAAUUAACAGCAGCUUUGAAACCGCCCACAAUGCCACUGUUUGAGGCACUGUUGGCCCGAGCUCCACCAUAGGCAGCGCGAGAAGAACUAAUAGAACUCCAGUCCUGAUUCAUCGAUUCUCAUCCAGACAAAGAGCUCACGCUGGAGAAAUGGUAUGCAGCAAGUUGGGCGCCACCUUUGCGAAUGACGGUGCGAGCUUGCAAGGGUCAGGGCGUUACGCCGGUCGCAAGAUCUGCAAGGACCAAAGCUGGUCCAGCGGAGUUCACCUACUCCCUGAAGCGCAGCGAAUCAUCAUGCCGGGUUCUGUGGUGCCUGCAUCUCUUAGAAACACUGGCUGGCCCCUGGUCAUCAGAGGAGUCCUCCCGAUAGGCCGAGAUGGUUUAGACCCGCCUGCCAACCAGCAUGCAGAGAUGUCCUGACAAGACACGACUGCUAGGUCGGACGUCGACUGCGAUGCACCACUCGAUGGCCUAUUAAUUACUUUUAAUAAUAAACGCUUCCCCUUUCCCCUGCCAUGACAGGAGUUCUUGUUCUUGGGGAACAUCCGUUCGUCUGGGUUUUUUUCCUUUCCGUUCAUUUCUUGGUCGAUCGGCGGGCUUUCUCGAAUCACCUUGCGUUUGCCUCAUAGAAUAGACCGUUUCGGCUCUGCGUUGACCGUAGACCUACUUACUUUCGCUUUGACAUUUUCUUCUCUCCAUCUUGUCUCUUUGCCCUUUCACUUACCUUGUUUGCCUCUUGUUUGGACUUGCCUCACCCACUGACGUGGAAAACGUGCUGACCAGUCGGCCGGAUCGACCUCCCUUGCCUACAUUCCCGAAGUCCUGGACGAUGCCAUUGCUCCUCAGCAAGCAACGGAAAAUCUAAGCCUUGCCGAUCUGCUUAUUGAAUUCAGAUUCCACCGAUCAUCCGUUGACUGCCCUUCCCGUCUCUCACUCUUGACUGGUUCACUGCCUACACGCCUGCCUAGCAGCGUCAUUGUCAUUCACAUCCAACCUUCCUAUUGACAUCGGCACAAGAGCAGCAACAAGGCUUCCUUUGACGGUGUGAAUGCCAUUGCGCCCGAUUCUACCCCCGAUCAUCUCGCAGAUCCCUGUGCCAUUCUACACCCCGUUGGAUCGUCCUUUGACUUCCUGGCUCUGAUUUCAUUUCAUCCUUCAACGUCACCACACUCGAUCAUCGCAUUCUCUGUCGACUCCCCGCAACCACCCUCGACGCUUGAUCGACCUUCCCAGAUCUUGAAAUUUGGCUCAAGAUCUCCCCGGUAGAACGUCGUUCAUCUUGCGAGAAUUUCGGUCCGUGGCCUGCACGUCACUCCACCACGGCUCGCCACCAUAAGAUCCUCCGUCACCUCGAUCAAAUCCCCUGCCAACCACAUCUGCAACAAGGAUAAGCCAUACAGCCCUGAACAGGUGUCCCCGGGGACAGUUCAAUGGCGACGCCUGGCCCGCAACUUGCGGCACGAGACUACGGAUCUAACGAGACAUACGUCUACGAGUACUCGAGAGGACUGGGUGGUGUCGACGUCCCGCGCGAUGUUAUCAUCACCCGCAUCAUCUACUCUUCGGUGAUCAUUCUUGCCUUCGGUGUGUUCUGUGGCCGUAUCGCACUGAUCAGUCAUGCAUAUCUCCGCCAAAUCACCUCAUCUACGGCAAACGGGCGGCAGCAGACCUACUGGCGCCGGGAGACAUCAUCGUGGUGGUCCAGCCUGAAGAAGCAUAUAUUGUAUUCUCCACUGGGGAAGAAGAGGCAUAAUCGAGAAAUUCAGCUCUCCUCGGCUGUUGGUAUCGGCACGUUGCCCUCUCGUUUCCAGACCAUCUUGAUCACAUUCUACUUUGCAAGUCAAGUGGUGUACUGUCUUUAUCUAGACUAUGCUGUCAACAAUAAAGCUGCGCUGAUUGCAGAACUGCGCGGGCGCUCAGGGACGCUGGCCGUCUUGAAUAUGGUGCCACUGUUUCUGCUGGCAGCGCGCAAUAACCCUCUGAUCUCGAUCCUGCAUAUCAGUUUUGAUACUUACAACCUUCUCCACCGGUGGCUGGGCCGCAUGAUCGUGCUAGAGUCUGUCGUUCAUACUGUCGCCUGGGCCGUCAAUGCAGUUGAUGAGCAAGGCAUGGGAGACAUGCUGUCGCGGUUGCGAGACACGCCCUUCUUCACCUGGGGGUUGGUCGGUACGGUGGCCAUGGUUUUCCUCGGUCUGCACUCGCCCUCGCCAAUCCGGCAUGCAUUCUACGAGACAUUCCUUCAUCUGCAUCAACUCGCCGCGCUUCUCGCCUUCCUUGGCGUAUGGUUCCACCUUCAGCUGGACAGCCUCCCACAGCGCAGCUGGGCCAGCGGUAUUGCCGUGAUUUGGAUUGUCGAGCGUAGCACACGCCUCAUCCGCCUCGCAUAUCUCAACCUCUCCACCAAGCACGGCUCCACCCAUAUGACCGUCCAAGCCCUGCCAGGAGAAGCAUGCCGGGUAACCUUCCACUUGCCCAAAAGUGUACGCAUCGAUCCCGGCUGCCACGUCUUUGCCUACAUCCCCUGCGUCUCAUGGUGGAUGUCCCACCCAUUCUCCAUCGCUUGGGCCGAAGCCAGCAGUCCAAACCCGCAGUCACCGCGCUAUCAUGACUCCAAAUCCCCCGACUCACUCCCCAGUCCAUCUGCUCUAGAGAAGCAAUCCCAAGAGCUGGAUAGCUACUUCGAGCCCACCCACCGCCCCACGCAGGUUUCCCUCAUCGUUAGCGCUCGCCAGGGCAUGACCCGCCGUCUGUACAACCUCGCCCGCAGCAAACCAGAUCAGAUCCUCCGCGCACCGGGCUUCAUCGAAGGUCCCUAUGGCUCCCACCCUGCCAAUGCCUCCAGCUAUGGCACUGCGGUACUGUUCUCCGCCGGCGCGGGUAUAACCCACCACCUCAUGUACACUCGGGACCUCGUCGAACGAGCCGCGACAGCCCGCGCCGCAACCCGUCGCGUCUACCUCAUCUGGUCCGUCCGUUCAACAGAUCACCUCACCUGGGUGAGCUCAUGGAUGGACCAAAUCCUUCGACUCCCGGGUCGCCGCGAUAUUCUCAUCGUCAAGGUGUUCGUUUCUAAGCCCCGGCGCGCGGCGGAUAUCGUAUCCCCAUCCGCGACGGUCCAGAUGCACUCUGGUCGGUGUAGGCCAGAUGUUAUCCUUAAUGAGCUUAUGCCGAAAAGUGUGGGUGCGACCUUCGUUUCUGUCUGUGGGCCUGGUGCGUUUGCGGAUGAAGUGAGAGCUGCGGCGAGGGGAAGAAUUGGGAAAGGCGCUGUGGUGGAUUUUGUGGAGGAGGCUUUUACUUGGUAGAUAGAAAUCUUUCUGCCUCUGAUUUUAUCUUCUUUUGUGGGAGUUCUUGCUCGUUUACUAGCAUGUCUUUCCGGCGCUGUGAUUGCUUUUAAUGUCUAUACUAUCAUCUCGUCGACUACAGGAAUACUUACUUACUGCAUCCUUCUUGGAU